CUGAACUGCCUUGCUGUACUGAGCUUCAUCAUUUGAGGUGAUGAACAGCACGGUUCCCGGUACUUUAGCACCAAGCUCUCGCAUUACUUUAGCGUUUUUAAUGGGCUUACUAGCAUUUGCUAUAAUGCUGGGAAAUGCCAUUGUCAUUUUAGCUUUUGUGGUGGACAAAAACCUUAGACAUCGAAGUAAUUACUUUUUUCUGAACUUGGCCAUUUGUGACUUCUUUGUUGGUGUGAUCUCCAUUCCUUUGUACAUCCCUCAGAAGUUAUUCGAUGAGAACCUUGAAAAUCAAACCUGUGCAUUUUGGCUCGUUGUUGACUAUCUUUUGUGUACAGCAUCUGUAUAUAACAUCGUACUCAUCAGCUACGAUCGAUACCAGUCAGUCUCCAACGCUUUCUCUUACAGAGCUCAACACACUGGGAUAUGGAAGAUCGUGGGUCUGAUGGUGGCCGUCUGGGUGCUGGCCUUCUUAGUGAAUGGGCCACUAAUUCUAAUUUCAUAUUCUUGGAAGACAAAAGAGAGGCAUUGUAGUCCUGGAUUUAUUUCAAAAUGGUAUGUCCUUGCCAUCACGUCAUUCCUGGAAUUUCUAGCCCCAGUCUUCUUAAUAGCUUAUUUCAAUAUCUAUAUUUACUGGAGCCUACGAAAGCGCAGUUGUCUCAAUAGGGGGCAAAGCCCUCCUGAACUCAGUCUUGCCUCUUCAGGUAACUCGAAACACUUGUUCAAGUGUCGACUGUUUUCGAAGGCAUCUCUUGCUGAACUGAAGGAAGCCGCAACACCCUUUAAUUUCAGGAGACAACAAAGAAAGAGCAGUCUCUCUUUUUCUGUAAGAACCCAGAAGAAGAGAGAUAUAAUUGCUUCCAAAAUGGAUUCCCUCUCUCGCUCAGAUAACCAAAAAGAAUAUCUUGAACUGCUUCAAGCCAAGAAAUUAGCCAAAUCACUGGCCAUUCUCCUAGGUGUUUUCAUCAUUUGCUGGGCUCCUUAUUCUCUGUUCACAUUUGUUUAUUCAAUUUACAAGUCAGGUGAGCAAUUUUACACGUUCGGAGCAGCUGAGGCAAUUGUGUACGAGAUCACAUUUUGGCUUCAGUGGUGUAAUUCCCUCAUCAAUCCUUUUUUGUAUCCAUUGUGUCACAGACGUUUUCAGAAGGCUUUCUGGAAAAUAUUUUGUACAAAAAAGCAACCCAUACUACCAUCCAAUCUGACAAUGUCCUUCUAAAGACAAUUAUAUAUUUUUUCUUCUUAAUCAUUUUUUAUUAAUGUUUGAAUAUAGUUUUCUCACCACCACUUUCCUCCCCUGCCCCACCCACCAGCACUUCCCACCCUCAAUCCUACCCGCCUUUGGCUUUGUCCAUUUGUCCUUUACACAUGGUCAUUGAUAACCCUUUCCCUUCUUUCCUCCAUUAUCCCUACCACCCUCCUCUCUGGUUACUGUCAGUUUUUUCUUUGUUUCAAUGUUUCUGGUUAUAUUUUGCUUGCUUGUUUAUUUUCUUGAUUAGGUUCCACUUAUAGGUGAGAUCGUAUGGUGUUUAUCUUUCACCUCCUGGCUUAUUUCACUUAGCAUAGUGCUUUCCAGUUCCAUCCAUGCUGUUUCGAAAGGUAGGAGUUCCUUCUUUCUUUCUGCUGCAUGGUAUUCCAUUGCAUAAAUAUACCACAGUUUUUUGAUCCAUUCAUUUACUGAUGGGUGCUUAGGCUGUUUCCAGCACUUGGCUAUUGUAAAUUAUGCUGCUAUGAACAUCAGGGUACAUAGGUUCUUUUGGAUUAGUGUUUCAGGAUUCUUAGGGUAUAAUCCUAGCAGUGGAAUUGCUGGGACAAAAGGCAAUUCUAUUCCAUUUUUGUUUUUUUGAGGAAAUUCCAUACUGUUUUCCACAGUGGCUGCACCAGUCUGCAUUCCUACCAACAAUGUACUAGGGUUCCCUUUUCUCUACAACAUCACCAGCACUCGUUGUUUGUUGAUUUAUUAAUGAUGGCCAUUCUGACCUGUGUGAAGCGGUAUCUCUUUGUGGUUUUAAUUUGCAUCUCUCUGAUGGCUAGUGAUGCUGAGCAUCCUUUCAUAUAUCUCUGGGUCCUCUGUAUGUCCUCCUUGAAGAAGUGUCUGUUCAAGUCCUUUUCCCAUUUUUUAAUUAGAUUGUUUGUCUUCCUGGUGUGGAGUUGUAUGAGUUCUUUGUAUAUUUUGGAGAUCUCACACCCUUGUCUGAGGUAUCAUUGGCAAAUAUGUUGUCCCAUAUGGUUGGUUUCCUUUUCAUUUUGGCCAAUGUUUUCUUUAGCCAUGCAGAAGCUUUUUAUUUUAAUGAGGUCCCAUUUGUUUAUUCUUUCCUUUAUGUCCCUUGUUCUAGGGGACAUAUUGGUGAAAAUAUUGCUGUGUCUAAUAUCUGAGAUUUUCCUGCCUAUGUUUUCCUCUAGGACUUUUAUGGUGUCAUGACUUAUGUUUAAGUCUUUUGUGCAUCUUGAGUUUACUUUUGUGUAUGGUGUAAGUUGGUGGUUAAAGACAAUUUUAUUGCUUAUGUACAUUUUAGACUUAAUUUCACUGAAAUGAAUUUUAUCUGGGUUUUGUCUUGCCCUUUCCACGCUACCAAAAAUGUCCAUAUAAUUAUAUACUUGAAAACUUAGAAAAAAAUUGGAACCUGGAAAUCAAGGGAGAAUUAUUCAGUAAUAACGAUGUAAUUAGAAACUCAUAGUAAUAUUUUUAUAAAUUCAUAGCCACAAAAGCACUGCAUUUUUCUUAGUUACAACCUCUUUCUUGUCUUUCAGAUUUUGAUGUAACAUUAAUGGUAAAAAUCAGGAGUUUUUUUUCUAUGUUCAGUGUUUGUUACCAUUUUCCCAUUUUUGUUCAGUGUUUAGUAAAUUUCCCAUUUUAUUUUAUAGUGAUGAAAAUUUGUCAAGUUUAAAACUAUUUGCUAAAAUACACAAUAGAAAAAGGAGCUGUAUUGCCCUCUUUCAAGGGUGGGCCACUCUGUUAUGCUCUGUGGGCAGGCCAGUUGUGCGUUGAGUUGUCAGGAGCAGGAAGUGAGUGAGGGCCCAGAGAAAGGAGUGAAGGGCCCAUGUACUUCCAAACUCGGUAUUCCUAAUCCUGGACAGGAAGGCAGUGUGGGAUGGUGGCAGAAAGAGCAGGUAACUGCAGCUCUAUCAGGUCCUCAGUGAAGAUACUUUGGAAGAGCUGGCAUCAUAGGAUGAGAGGAUAAGGGACAGGUAACAGUCGCUGGAUUGAAAGGAUGGAUUUUCCAAUUUUUUCCUGCCCUCUACUCCAAACAGCCACAUCAGCUAAAACCUGCCCAUGAGAAAAUAUGAAAGAAAAAAAAAAGGCUCAGAGAUGAAGAAAGGACUAUGAUUGUAUCCUGAUGUAUCUGGAAUAACAUUCACAGAAUUUGUAGGUGUCAAUUAUUAUUAAUAAAAUAGCUUUUUAUAUUUAUUUGCUGUAUUUAUCUCAUUUGCCUACUGUCUUAGA